AUGAUUAAUUUAAUUUUACCAAUUGGUUUUGUUAUUUCUGGACUUGUUAUUUGCGUUCUGUCGCGUAUUCCACUUUAUUUUCAAUGUUUAAAGGAUGCAGAACAUCACUGCUCUGUCUGCAACACUUUUAUUGGCAAAUAUAUACGAGAUAAACGAAGGCCUAUAGUUAUAUUACCCCCAGAAUCAUAUAAAAAUCUACCAACCUAACUAAUUAGAGAGAGAAUACAGUAAAAUAAGAGAGACAGUAAAGAAUAAUCAGAAUAAAAAAUACAAAAAUCAGAAUGUUGUGUUUAUUGUGUUUUCCGGAAAUGUUUUAAUUCAAGUUUUUCCGGAAAAACACAUUCCCUCUUGUAAAAAUCUUGUGUUUUGUUGUAAUUAAAUGUUUUUGUUGUGUUUUCCGGAAUGUUGUGUGUUUUUCCAUGUUUUUCCGGAAAAAGUUUAUUUCUUUAAAAAAUCAGAAUUUAUAUA